AUGGUGAAAGUACUUGAUCUUUUACACCGUGGAGCUUCUCGAAGUUUUGUUGCUGAGUGUGAGGUGUUGAAAAACACGAGACACCGCAAUCUUGUCAAGGUGCUAACAGCUUGCUCAGGGUUUGAUCUUCAAGAAAAUGAUUUCAAGGCUAUAGUUUAUGAAUACAUGGAUAAUGGGAACCUUGAGAACUGGUUUCAUUUUAGUCCCCAAGAGAAUUCUCAGAUUGAAGACAAUAGAAGGUUAACUUUUGUUGAAAGGUUAAACAUUCUUAUUGAUGUGGCAUGCGCUGUGGAUUAUCUCCAUAAUGAUUGUGAACCUGCAAUAAUCCAUUGCGAUCUCAAGCCGAGUAAUGUUCUCUUGGAUAAAAACAUAACUGCACAUGUAAGUGAUUUUGGAGUGGCAAGAUUUGAACAACAAAAGAUUCAAAACUCUUCAUCAGACAACCAUAGUUCUAUAGGAAUACAAGGAACUAUUGGAUAUGCACCACCAGAAUAUGGUAUGGGAAGUAAUCCAUCAAAAGCAGGUGAUGUAUAUAGCUUUGGCAUACUAAUCUUGGAAAUCCUCACUGGGAAGAGACCUACACAUGAAUUGUUCCAAGAUGGCUUAAACCUUCAUAGCUAUGCUAAUGCUGGUUUAGCUGACAGAGGAGUGGAGAUUGCAGAUCCCAAACUUCUCCAAGAAAGAGAUGAACAGAUACAAAUGAGGAAGAAAGGGAAAUCCUCAGAGGUGAAGGACAAAUUUGAUGUGUACUUAGUUUGUAUGAUAAAAGUUGGGGUUGCUUGUUCUGUUGAAUUCCCAGCAGACAGAAUGAAGAUUGGUGAUGUUGUUGCUUAUGCAAAUUUGUUGCAGCUUUUAGAUAAGCUUAUUUUCUUGGCUUCAGUGUUUCAUAACAUAAUGAUAUGCAACAAGCUGCAGAAACUGUCCAUAAAUAUUUCAAAGAAGAGAUAUGCAUUUUAUAUGUAUCCUGUAGCAAUGCAGAGGCUGUAUUGA